AUGACCCCCAAGAACCCCUAUGUCGUACCCCCCCCCGUGCAGGCCCGGAGCUCGGCCUUUGGAUGUCCAGGCAGCUCCCAGGGCAAGAAACCCAAAAAGAAACACAGGAAAGAAAAGGGACCAGUAGCCACGGCUCCCAGGGUGCCCCAACCCUCCAGCCCCACAGAGCUCUCCCCUGCACCACUGCCGCCUCUGGCCCUGCCCCCCACGGCCGGGGGGCACCUGGGCUCCGACGACGAGGAGCAGGAGGACCCCAAGGACUAUUGCAAAGGCGGGUAUUACCCAGUGGCAAUUGGGGACCUGUUCAACGGGCGCCACCACGUGGUCCGAAAACUCGGCUGGGGCCAUUUCUCCACCGUCUGGCUCUGCUGGGACAUCCAGCGAAAGCGGUUUGUGGCGCUGAAGGUGGUGAAAAGCGCCAGGCAUUACACCGAGACGGCCAUGGAUGAGAUCAAACUGCUCAAAUGUGUGCGGGACUCAGACCCCAGCGACCCCAAGAGAGAGACCAUCGUCCAGCUCCUCGAGGACUUCAAGAUCUCGGGCAUCAACGGCGUCCAUGUCUGCAUGGUGCUGGAGGUGCUGGGGCACCAGCUGUUGAAAUGGAUCAUUAAAUCCAACUACCAGGGCCUGCCCCUGCCCUGCGUGAAGAGCAUCUUACGCCAGGUGCUGCAGGGCCUGGAUUACCUCCACACCAAGUGCAAGAUCAUCCACACAGACAUCAAGCCGGAGAACGUGCUGCUGUGUGUGGGCGAGGGCUACAUCCGGCGCCUGGCGGCCGAGGCCACCCGCUGGCAGCAGCUGGGCGGAGCGCCCCCCUCUGCCUCCGCUGUGAGCUCGGCCCCCCAGGGGAUGGAGAUCUCCCGGAACCGGCGCAGGAGGCUGAGGCGGAAGCAGAAACGUCAGGGCCGGCUGCUGGCCGAGCGGCUGCGGGACCUGCAGCGGCUGGAGGAGCUGGAAACGGGGGGCCCCCCCCGGGGCUCCCCCCUGCCUGGGGCCGACUCCGACGCACAGGAGGAGUGGCCCCUCCGCAGGCAGGGCAGCCUGGCCAGCAGCCCACAGAGCCAGACCUCGUCCUCCGGCUUCCAGGCCCUGCCGCCCGACGACGCCUGGAACGGCCACUUGGGGGGGGCGCCCCCCCGCCGGCCCCCCAGCCCCGACUCAGCCACCUCCGGCGUCUCCACGGCCUCCGGCUCGGGCAGCUCGGGCCGGCGGGAGCGCGGGGGGCUGCUGUCGCCCAGCGCUCCGUUCAGUGCCUCCGAGUUCCUGGUGAACCCCCUGGACCCCCAAAAUGCCGACCGCAUCCGAGUGAAGAUCGCGGACCUGGGCAACGCCUGCUGGGUGCACAAGCACUUCACCGAGGACAUUCAGACCCGGCAGUACCGGGCCCUGGAGGUUCUGAUCGGUGCCGGCUACAGCACCCCCGCCGACAUCUGGAGCACGGCCUGCAUGGCUUUUGAGCUGGCGACAGGCGACUACCUCUUCGAGCCGCACUCGGGGGACGAGUACAGCAGGGACGAAGAUCACAUCGCCCACAUGGUGGAGCUGCUCGGCGAGAUCCCCCCCCAGUUUGCGCUCUCGGGGCGCUACUCACGGGAAUACUUCACCCGCCGAGGUGAGCUGCGGCACAUCCCCAGCCUGCGGCCCUGGGCGCUGGGCGCGGUGCUGCGGGAGAAAUACGAGUGGCCCCGGGAGCAGGCGGCCGCGUUCGCCCAGUUCCUGCUGCCCAUGCUGGAGUUCCUGCCCGAGCAGCGCCCCACGGCGGCCCAGUGCCUGCAGCACCCCUGGCUGGGCCCCUAGGGACCCCGG